GAAGUAAGAAAAGCAGUUCAUAAAUAAACAUAAAUGAUUAAAGCAGUUAAAAUUAUUAGUAAAGCUCAGACACCAAAAUAAGAGUAAGAAAGGUUAAAAGUUGAAGUUGAAAUACUCAAAAGUUUGGAUCAUCCAAAUAUUAUAAAAGUUUAUGAAUUUUACCAAGAUUCAAGAUUUUUUUACAUAGUAACUGAAUUAUGUUAAGGAGGAGAACUAUUUGAUAAAGUUAUCGAAGAAAAAUAAUUUACAGAAGCUAAAGCAGCUGAUACAAUAAAACAAAUACUUGGAGCAGUUUAUUAUUGUCAUUAAAAUAAUAUAGUCCACAGGGAUUUGAAACCAGAAAAUAUAUUAUAUGAAUCAAAUAAACCUGGAGCUUUAAUGAAAUUAAUUGAUUUUGGAACAUCUAUAGCGUUCGACCCUAAUGAAAAGUUAACUUAAAAGCUUGGAACACCUUAUUAUAUAGCACCUGAGGUAUUAGAAAAAAAUAUGAUAAUAAAUGUGAUAUUUGGUCUUGUGGUGUUAUUUUAUAUAUUUUGCUAUGUGGAUACCCACCUUUUAACGGGAGUAAUGACAAUGUUAUAAUGGAUAAAGUAAAAACUGGUAAAUAUAAUUUUGAUGGAGAAGAAUGGACAUAUGUAUCAGAAGAUGCAAAAAAUUUUAUAAAAAAGCUUUUAGAAAAAGAUAUAAAAAAAAGAUAUUCUGCAAUUGAAGCAUUAAAUGAUCCUUGGAUUAAAAAACAUAGUGAUAAAAUUUAACUUGAUAUGCCUAAUUUAAUGAACUCACUUAAAAAUAUGAGAAAUUUUAGAGCAGAGAAAAAAUUAUAAGAAGCAACUUUAAUGUUUUUUGUGAAUAAUUUAGCUACUAAAGAAGAAAAAAAUGAAUUAUUAAAAGUUUUUUAGUCUUUAGAUACUAAUGGAGAUGGUAAAUUAAGUAGAGAAGAACUUAUAAAUGGCUAUAAAAAAAUACUUAAUUAAGGAGAAGAAAUCGAAGCUGAAGAAGAAGUAGAUAGAAUAAUGAGUACUGUGGACAAAAAUAAUUCAGGUUCAAUUGAUUAUACAGAAUGGGUAAUGGCAACUAUCAAUAGAGAAUAAUUAUUAUCUAAAUAAAGAUUAGAGUUGGCAUUUAAAAUUUUCGAUAAAGUAUUUAUUUUUACAAUUUAUUUUAACAUUUAAAAAUAUAAGGAUGGAAGCGGAAGUCUUUCCGUAGAUGAAAUAAAAGAAAUGUUUGGUACAUAACUAGGAAUAUCAGAAAAUGUUUGGAAAGCAAUGCUCAAUGAAGUAGAUGAUAAUGGAGAUGGAUAAAUUUCAUUUAAAGAGUUUAAAGAAAUGAUGCUUAAAUUAGUUGACAAUGAACAAAAGAAUACAAUUAAUGAUUUAACAAAAUAAAAUUGA